CGGGGCUAUAAAGAGCGCCGGUCGUCGGUGUGGUUUCGCAUUUACGGUGACCGGUGGUAAAUUUUUGGUCGAAAGUGCAACGUUUGGCGAGAAAUUUUUUUUUCUGCUCUCGCGCUCGAUACGUCUUUUUUGCGAUACAUUUUAUUUGUAAACGAAAGCAACAGAAUGAAAAUCAUCGUGGGUUUGCUGCUGGUGGCGACGGCGUUCGCCUACCCCCUAGCCGAUGAGCCCCAACAGAACCAACAACUAAACCCCGUGGAACAGAAACCGGAGGCGGUGCCCGACAAGCCGGCCAUCUUGCCCGAACAAGCCCCCCAAAUACAACAACAACUACCCGCCCAGGACUCCGCCGAGAGCUCGGAGGAAAGCGCCGAAUCCAAGGAGAAGGACAAACCCGUCGAACAGAAACCGCUGGAAAACUCCUCCGAAGAAAAGGACGCCGUCAAAACGUUGAAGAAACUCGAAGAACCGACCAAGGAACCGACCAAACCCGAGGAACCCGCCGCCCCAGUCGUAGCCGAAGAACAACAACCCAUCGUUCCCCAAAUCGCCGCCAAGGCCAUCCCGGCCGAGCCCCAGGAGAAACCCCUGGCGCUUCCCACGCAAACCGCCGCCGAGCCAACCGCCCCCGUCGAGCAGCCCAAGCUCCUCGUGGCCGAGAUCAAAGAGGAACCGGCCCUGCCGAGCCCCAGCGAGCAGAAGCUCGAAGCCGCCCCCGUCGCCGAGGAGCCCCUGCCCGAGCUGAGGAAAACCGAACCGGCCCCCGAGAAAACCGAAGAACCCGCCCCGAUCGCGCUACCCCAACCGGAACUCCCCAUCGCCGCGAAGCCGGAGCCCGAGAAGAAGGCCAAGGCGGAGGAACCGGCCCCGUUGGAGGAGGCGGCGAAGCCCGAGGAGGCGCCCAAGGCGGCCGAGCUGCCCGAGCUCGACGCCCCCAAGCCGGUGGAGGCGCUGCCCAAGCUGGAGGAGCCGACGUUGAAGCUGGAGGAGGCCAAGCCGGAGGAGAAGCUGCCCGAGCCGAUCGCUUCAGCAGCGGGGAGCUCCUGAAGGAGGUCUUGAAGAAGCCGCCCGACGAAAUGACUGAAUAACCGGGGACCGGUCGACUCCUCGCCCGUUCGUUCGAUCGAAUUCGCAUCGAGCACUUAAAAUAAUGUUUUUUGGAAUAUUUUUCGAGACGAACGAUCGGGCGAUUGGCGGUCUCUCCCCGCGACAUAUAGUAAUUAUUUUUUAUUUUUUUUUUAAUUUAUGCGCUCAAUUUGUAAAAGUGUAAACGGAUCGCGUUUUGUUAUAGAAACCGUGUUGUUUUUAUUGUGUAAUUUUUCUGUUUUUAUUAUUCCUCCCCCGUUUCGCCGAGCAAUAUUGAAAACGAUGCUAGUUUUUUUUUUCAACUCUUUCAGGUUUUUUCUUUCAGUCGAAACUUAGCGUAAGGUUAUGUAUUAAAAAACUUUUAAUAAAGUUUAUAUAAAAAAAAA